UGUCACUCUUCCCGGGGUAGUUUAAGAAAGGAACGGAGGCGUGUUGCACAGGUGCCAGCAGCCCGGUAUCUCUUUAGAGCUGCUUAUUAAAGCACAUGGCUCUGGUUAAAUCGUGUAUGAGAACUACGCUAUCGUUACGUGCGCUUACACAGUGCUGCAGUCCGACAUCGGAAUGGGAAAUGUGGGAACAGCAGAAACGUUUACAGUGUCUGUUUCCCCCAUUUCUUCUUUCUUGACGUCUAGAUAGCACGAACAGAUUAAAGGGGGCUUGGGUCAACGGCCAUUGAAAAGAAUGCUUUUUCAAGUACUAGAUCUAGAGAGGAUCUCGUGGUUAUUUAGGGCCAGAUUCUGAAAAACAGUGAGCAUGGCACGAGGUGCUCUGUCUUGUGUAUUUCUUGUUAAGAAGAGGUGUGGUCUAGUUCUAAUAGUUAAAGAGUAUUUGUAUGUGGUGCUGCCUGAUGUCUAUAAACAUGCUGAAACAGCUAUAUUUUCAUACAUCCUCUUUGAAAGGGGGUGGGAAGUAAAACUGUUCAGAAUCUCUGAGAGCAUUUUUCUGUUGUCUUUAAGACCCCGGGAGGGAAGCAUUCCAGGGGUAGGGAAGGUGCUCGUUCGAAGCGUACUAUAACCCCAUGAAGCCACGUUGUUGGGCCACUCAGAGCUGUACUGCAUAAUCAGGAAUAGUUGCUUCAGCAGACUCUGGUGGCUGCCUUGUACGCUCUGUGUCCACAAACACUAGAGUUGUUAAGAUUUUGUGGAGCUAUUCCGUUCCGCAAGGAGAAGGUGGUAGGCCUGUGGAAGUAGCCCACAAGGGGAUUCAGGUUUCUGGUUGCCUCUUGGACUGUGCUGCUAAGGGAACGUGUCAAAACCGCAGAGUCCAGCUCUGGGCUUCCCCUGUGCAAGAUAGACAGCGCCGUGCUGGAGCAAGCCCAGUGAAGGGACACAAAGAUGAUUAAGGGUGUCUGACAUAUGAGGCAAGGCUGAGAGAGCUGGAACUCUUCAUCUCAGGGAAGAGAAAGAUGUCCUGUAGCAUGGCAGGUGAAGAGGACUUCUCUUUGGAAGAAAAAAGAUUCAAGCAGUACUGUGAAGAAUUUAUUAAACAUUCACAGCAGAUAGGAGAUGGUUGGGAGUGGAGAACUGGCAAGGACCUUGGUGAUGGUUAUCUUAGUAAAACAUACUUCCGAGUAAGAAAUAGAAACAUCUCACCACAUCUCAAGGAGACAAACAAUGAUAACAUUGAACAAAUGUUAUUUACAGAUGUUGAAGAGUCUUUGGAUGAUUCUCAAGUAGCUGGAGCUUGUGCAGCAGAAGAAGUGAUUCGCUAUGAGUAUCAUGUCUUGUACUCCAGCAGCUACCAAGUACCUGUGCUUUAUUUUAGGGCAUGCAUUUUAGAUGGAAGGCCUUUAACUCUGGAUGAAAUAUGGAAAAGUGUUCAUGCAUGCUACCAGGCUCGUCUGCUGGAGGCGCCCUGGGACACUAUUUCACAGCAGGUAAUACAAGAUGCCGUGACUGGAGGAGGGAAGCACAGACAUCUGCUGCUACAGGGAGAGAUGAGGAACAAAGAGCACCCCUUACUUGGGCAGCCAUUUUUUGUUAUGCACCCCUGCCGGACUAAUGAAUUCAUGUCUUCUGUACUGACUGGAUCAUGGAAACAACAGAACAGACACACAAAUUACAUUAUAUUGUGGCUCAGUACUGUAGGGCCAGUUGUGGGUUUAAAUCUGCCCCUGAGUUAUGCAAAACUGGCACCUGAGCAGAAUACAAAUGCUGAUUCAGUUGAAAGACCUCUAAGCUGAAGGACAGAUGAUGGUUAGCUGUAGUAAUGUUACUGCAGACUUUCCUAGGGAUAAAAUCAAACAAAGGAAUCCUUCCCAACUGCUAAGCAACACAAUGUGGAAAGAUGACUAUUUGUGGUUCUUCUUCUGGCAAGGACUUGCCUGGUUACAGUGGAACACCUAAGAGUUGGCUGCAGUUGCGACAGCAACUCCCAAGCACCACCAAGACCUGAACUCCAUUGUGAUUGCAUUGACCGCUUAAAGUCACUCAUUUCCUACCUCUGUUUUAGCGUGGCUAUGGCCUUAGUAACACUGCACACAAAUACAUAAGCCUAUGGGUCCCUGAUACAGAGUUGAGAUGCUGGGUUUGGAUCCACUAAAUUUGUUUACUGAAAAUCAUGUCCCUAGAAAAUCUGCACCAUCUGUGAGGAUAUGUAUGGCAAAAUACUUGUAGGAUGUGGUUUAAGCGUGUGGCAAUCAGUGUCUGGGCUGAGACUACUUCACCUAGGGACCACCUCCACCACAGCCUGAUGCAUGGACCAUCCUCAUGUGUGACACCAAACACAGAAUAUCCUAAUCGAGGAAACUGAGACUACCCAAUCCUGUCCUUGAGUGAGUUGCGAAAUUUUCACGAAUAUGUGAAAAUUUCAGCCCUCAUCUAGGUGAGCAAAUUGCUCCGAUGCUGGGAUAAUGGGGCCAGUAGCCUGGAAUAACAGGGGAAAGAAGCCAUACAACUGGGAUCCCUUUUUGGGGAAGGGGGCGUUGAUAAAGCAAUUGGGAAAGGGGCACAAGCCCUCAGCAUCUGGAGGUGACUCCUGUCCAGAGUGAAGGAAAGGUAUCCCUUCAAAGAUGAUGUUACAUAUCGCCUAGGAAUAUGGACAACCAUGGAGAAAGGCAUCCAGUACCUGAGGGAAUUAGCUGUGCUUGAGGUGAUUGAUGGUGACCUGGACAAUCAAGGGUCAUCCAAAGAUCCAGAUGAAGCCGAGUGCCCACGACCCACGUGGCGGAAGUUUGUAUGGAGCGCACCAUCCUCGUAUGCAAACUCAUGGCAGUGAUGUCCUGGAGAGAUGACGAAGCACCAACAAUGGUGGAGGUGAUCGAUAGACUCUGGGAUUACGAAGCAAACAUCUCUUCCUUCCUAGUCUCUGCUGUGGAGAAACUGUCCCAAGAGGUCCAGCAACUCAAAGAAGAAAUGUCCUGCUCCCCACCUCUACAGGGUAGUGUCUCAGCUGUUAGGAAUAAGGGUCUUGUUGCUCAAAGGAGAGGAUACACACCACAGGCCACCCUAUGGUUCUACCUGUGUGACCAUGGAGAGGACAUGAUGAGGUGGGAUGGCAAGUCUACCUCGACCCUAGAGGCAUGGGUAUGUGAGCGGGACCACGGCCAAGACAGCUGACCCUGACUGGCCAAUGGGAUGCUCACUCCAUGCCAUGUGACACCAUGACCAGCACAGUAACCGGGGCAGUUGCCGCGCAGGGAGCAGUUGUGGCUCGGGGACUGGCAGUGUCGGGUCAGUGGGUGGUGAGUGGCUGCAUCGGGGCCUGUUGGUUUGGUUGUUCAUUUCCCCCCAGCACUGGGUUUUGCGCCUCUUUCAUUCUUUCCAUUGCAUCAUUGUUGCAGUUGCUAUUGUUAUCAUUUUACUUUAAUUAUUAAACUGUUCUUGUCUCAACCCAUGAGUGUGACCCUUCUGAUUCUCUCCCCCAUCCUGCUGGUGGGGGAGGGAGCAAGCAGCUCUGUGGGGCUCAGUUGCCGGCUGAACCACAAUACUCAGCAAUAUGUCACUUUCAUCCAGAGUCCAAUUUCCAUCAGAGCUGGAAAUGUGAAAUGCCUCGGGUUUCCGAUUCUGAGUUUUCAGAUAUUUUGAUUGGUUGUGCGGGUGCCAGAGCAGGGGCACAGGCUGCCCAGGGAGGCUGUGGGGUCCCUUCCCUGGAGACAUUCACACCCCGCCUGCACGCAGUCCUGUGCCCCCUGCUCUAGGUGUGCCUGCUCAAGCAGGGGGGUUGGACGGGGUGAGCUCCAGAGGUCCCUUCCAACCCCUGCCAUUCUGUGAUUCUGUGAUUUUAUACUUACAUCAUAUGUUAUUGGUGGAUUGAAAUACAGUGCAGGCUUUAAAAUUCAGUUGGUGCAGAAUUCUUUUGCCAGCCAGUUGGAAUUAAUAAUGGAAGAAUGUAAUUUAUCUCAUUCUGGAUCAUAACAACCUGAAAAGCCAUUUUUCCAUGUAAGAUUAAAAAAAUACAGCUUUCUGUUCAUGUACCAUGACAGUAGCUGCAUUGUCUUUUUUAACACUUUUGGUAACAUACUUGAUAAUUGCAUCCAUAGCCUAUUUUCAGAUUUAAGGGAGACUUACACAGGAGGGGAAAAAAAAAAAAAAAAAAGCCCAGAUACAACAGUUUUAAGAGCUGUUAAAUGUUCAUCCCUGCUCUGUGACCUCCAUUUGUGAUUUACUGGAACAGAAGAGUGAAAGCAAUGGACCCUCCUCAGCUGCCCUGCAUUGCUGAGCAGCUCUGUCAGCUUCUCCUGCCACCAUCCACCAUGUUGGCACAGUCACACUGUGCUGGGCGGCCCUGGGGACCUUUAUUCUCAGUGUAACUUAGAACUGGCGUCAGGUAGUUUUAUUUAAACCAAGGUCUGAAUUAGCUCCUGAUGACCUUAGGAUCAAGGAAGUGGAAAGGACUGAUGGAGUUGUUCCCUGUAAACCGUCAGCACAGAAUGCUGCAUCAGCGUAGCUGAGGAUCAGUUAUGCUCAUUUUCCCAAAGCAUCACAGAUGUUACCUGGUAGUGCACUGACAGCUGAAUAUACAGAAGAAAUUCCACUUUUAAACAACAGAAAUAAUAAAAUGCAAUCCUGAAUACAGAGUGUCUUUGGAAUAACCUCUAGCUGAAAUGCUGGUUUUAGUCUUCUCUUACACUGGACAAGAACUGUUCCUUGGUAAAGGAGAAGAAAAGAGCCUGGAACAAUUUUGAUUAUUAUUUUCAGUACUAGUUCUUAGACCUUGAGAAGAUUCAGCCGCUAAGAUGCUGCUGUGCAAAAUUUAGAAGCAUAGUUUCGCAGGCAUUUCUUGGAGACCAGCUCUUCCUGUUUCUGUCUUGGACGCAGAAAGUGCGGUACAACAGUAUUACUCAUAAUAGGAUUUGGCCAGUUGGGUUUCUUUGCUAUAGGCAAAACUUCUUAUUGCAAGUCUGUGAAGUGUCAUUGAUCUACUCAAUGGCAGCAUCGCUUCCAUGUGACGCUGUACAUGGGAUAGUGUAACUUACAGAUUGUAAUUACAGACGAAGGAAGACAAAUACGAAAUAAGUCUGGGAGAAUAUACUCCAGUCACUUUCUCCACUACAUCAGCUUUCAAUUGCACCACAAUCUUCUCUUCUUUUUUGUUUGUAAGAAUUAAAAGAAAAGUGGAAUUUGUAUGUAAAUAAGAAAUAAAUAUUUUUCUGUUCCAUGGA